UAGAAAUCAUAAACUGAGCUCCAGUCCAGCACCAGGCUGAGGACUUUGUAGAGUUGUCUUUAUCAUGGUUAAACAAAAUAUGUUUACAAAAUAUUUUUUGUAUACAAAAUAUGUUUCAGUUAAUUUCCAUUUUAAAUGGUCAAAAUGAUUGACACCAAAUGGCCAGGAUUUGCUGAGUAAAGUAUUCUUGUAGAAGACAAGGAGGUGGAGCAAGUACAGUAAGGACUAGAUAAUCCUUUUGUCCUCAGGAGAAACAAUUGGAUAUAAGGUUUUAAUUAUAAACAUAUUAGAAGGGUUGGAUUGUUUAAUCAUGGAGACAAGUUGUUUUUUUCCUAUCAAGCUGUGGCUGCCUCCCUUCAUAUAAUUCUCCACUGCUAUAAAAAUGCUUAUACAAGUAUUUCUUUGCCCUUGUUUGUUUUUUUUUCAAAAUCUGCAUUCCAUGCACUAGGAAAGAUGGAAUUUCUCUUCAGCAAACAAUGCACGAGUGAAAAAAUUAAGCCUUUUAUACAAGUCUUUGACCUCUUAGGCCCUCUAUGUGAAUUUUGCAUUGUGCCUUUGUGACGGCAAGUGAUUUAGCAGUUCAGAAGGCGUUGGCCCUUUGCUAAGUAAAAUGUCAUCUUAGAAAAGUAUAUUUCCAUGUUUUUUUUGCCAUCAAAUUUCUCCUACCAGAUUAAUUCACUAGUCCCACUUUUUACGUAGUGAAUUCUGAUGGCAGCUAAGUCUGAAUGUGGAAGGCAGAGCAAGAUUGCUUUCACUAGCUGAAGUUGUUACUCUGAAAAAAAAAAUGUACGGUGUGGGCUUGUUUAUCCUUAAAGAUUUUUGAUAUCAGUAUACAUUGAUCCAAACAGUCAGUCACUCAUUCUGUAAUCCACAUUUACCUGCCACUGUUGAUGCAUGAUUCUUGCUCACUCUUCAGUAUUAAACAUGUAACUACCAUAUUCAGUAUACUGGUGCUUUGUGAUAUACUAGUGGGGUACAAGGUGAGGAUAUGGAAGAAAAAGAUUAAUGGUGCCGUACUAAAGUUGCUUUAAUCUAAGAAUCUGAAAUAUGAUAUGAAGUACCUUUUAAAACUGCAUAACCCACUCUUCGUAUAAGCUAUGUGGUCCAAACUCUACGUGUUUGCUAUAUUGGCAAUAUUGUUAAUGGAAGCAAAGUAACUGUUGUUCAGUAGUCGAAGCUAUAUUGCCUUCACAUUAAACUAGUGUGACAAAUCAAGAUUAAAAAAGAACAUAGCCUUCAUGGAGGCCAGAAUCUGUGCCCUGCAACAACUGAGCAGCAGGUGCUGCUGUCAAGGCCAUUCAGAGUGCCAUCAGCAGCAGGUGGAUUGCAGAAUAAGAAUUUGAGCAGAGAAGGGAGAAUUCAAAUAUACUUGCUUAAUGUAUUGACAAAAACAAAUUUCCUAGUACCAGCACUGGUACUACAUUGAUAGUUGAUCCAGUGCAUUGACUGUUUGUUACAUAUUUAAUACAUUUAAAUAUAGGAAAGGUUUAUUGUUAAACUACAUUAUGUGCAAAUGCAUUUUGCAUGUUUACUACAGUGUAUGUGUACUGCAGGCUACUGCCCCAGUCACAAUAUGGCAGUAAUAGGUUGCAGUGACUUAUUUGUAAGACAAAGCCAUGGGAUGUCUUUGCUGGUGGGGGAACCUUUCACGCCCGCCACAAUGAAAUCAUUAGCGGUGGAUGUCAGUUCAUAUUUUAUUGAUGCCUUUUUAUUUAAUCCCAUACUUUAGGUUAUAAAUGCAUAACUAUUUUAACCACUUCUCAUAAAAUCAAAUAUUGUGUACUAAUGAUUUUACUUUUAUGUACUUUAGCAUUCUUCCACAUCAAAUGAGCUCUUGCAUGCUUCAGUUGCACAUACUACUGCCAUGUAUCCAUCUCUUUGGGAAGAAACAUAUCUACUGUCUAAGAACCUAACACUAUUCUUCUGUCCUGAAUUGUUGGUGAAAGUAUCCCAGUGUUUUUCUAACUCUUCUGAAGUUAGAUGACUUCUUAAAACAAGAUGUGCACUGCCUAACCUCCCACUCUGUUUCCUCUCUCAGAAAUAUAGCCUGGUGCAAUGCCAGAGGAAGUGCAGGUAGAGUGUACUCAGGUUGAAACUGGGCCAGAUCAGCUAGGGUUAAUUGUGCUACCUCCUGUGCAAAAUGCUAUUGUUGGAAAGGUCACGGCUGCUUAAAGCCUUGAGUUCAUCUUAUCCAAAAGACAGCUCUUCCAGUACCACAGGGCUCCCUAAUACAGGAUUGAGGCAGUCAUUCAAGACUGACACAGGGAAGAGCAGGCACUGGACCAUUUUCUGUAGCUCCGGUCCCUUUAUUCUACAGGCUGGGCUGUGUUCAAAAUCAUUUCUGAAGCAGUUUCAGAUAAUGCAGUUUUGCCAGCCUGUGUACAGCUUUAAACUAAUUAAACUGCUCAUGCCAAAGGCUAUGCCUACCCUAGACUUUUCUCUUCAACUUCCCCACUCUGGAGGAGGAAAUUUCAUUCUUUCUGAUCCAGCAGUCCCGCUCCACCAACUGUGGCAGUGCAGGUGGGCUAGUGCCUAGAUGCCAGCAUUUUAAUGCUAUCUAGAAGAACUGGUCCUUAAAAGAUUAGUGGCAAGUCUAUACGUGUGUGUGUCUCUUCCCUCAUCCCCACCCCCCAUAACAUUUUAAAGUAGUGUAGACAAGGCCCACUGCCAAUCCAGCCUCUUUCUGUCCAUCCCAGGUGUCGGGGAGUAAUUAAUUACCUACACUGUAGGGACUAUGCUGACAGCAGAGCUGAACGCUAAGGCUUGCCCUGGUGACCUCACAAAGGCUCCCUGGGUGACCAGGUGGUUGUAAUCCCUGGGACCCCCACAGUGCUGUUGCGGGCUAGAUGAGAAGCAAGAGAUUGAGGAGAGAGAGGCUCGAGAGCAGAGGUGGCCGGGAAGCGGGCGUGUGGCUGCAGGGAAGCGGAAGAGCUGUACUAUGCUGUUCACUUAGUACCGUUCUCACCUGCUGCAGCGAAUCCGGCUUCCGGACGGGUCUAGCCCUGUCCCUAGGCACUUUCUCUGAAACAAGCCGUUGGAGGGGCUGCUAUUAAAGCAGCUCUUAGUUCCAGAGCUGCUGCUGAGGGGGACAGACGACGGCUCUAGCUCUAGCCCAUCGCAAGGAUGUCUCCUCCUGUGACUCCGCCCAAGACCCUGCCCAGCAAGAAGUGCAUCUGCCAGCUGUGCUCCUGCGGGCGCCACCAUUGCCCGCAUCUUCCCACCAGGAUCUAUGAGAAGAGUGAGAAACCAUGCUUCCUGUCGGAGUACGUGGAGCAAUACCCUCUAUAUCCCUACGCCCAUCCCAGAGACUCGUUCAAGGCCAAGGCAGAAUACCAGAAGCAGCCAGUGGCCGUGGAGGGAAUGACAACUUUCAAGAGAGAUUAUGUACCUCAUGAAGUGUUGCCAGUGAAAUUCAAACCACCUGAAAAGUAUGUCAAGAGUGAUGAGAACAUGGAUUUAAUCUCAGUAUAUAAACAAGACUACAACCCCUAUUCUAUCUGUCGAGUUCCUCCCUGCUUGCCCCAUGAGACUAACUACACCUCCAAUGUCAAGAUGGACACAAUACCUACGUACAAAGGUGACUAUGUGCCAUGGAAUGAAUCAAAACGAGAGAUGAUUAAACCAGACAAUAAAUACCAUCCAUCAGAAGCAAAAUUUGACUACAGAACCACUGUCCAGGAUGAUUAUAUAUAUAAGGGACCAGUUGCCACUCACAGCUGCAAACCUCUGAAUCCAGCCCACAUGACCAAGGCACCUUUGGAGGACCUGACAAAUUAUAAGUUGAAUUAUGUGCCACAUCCCUUGGAGAAACGCUUUGUCCAUGAGUAUGAGAAGUAUAAACCCAGUGAAACUCAAUUUGAUGGCCUCACCACCCACAAACAAUCAUACAAGGGUCUGGCUGGCCCACCUGCCAAGACAGUGAAACCAUACCAGUCAAUGCCAACCCACGAUCUCCCGUUUUCCUCUUCCACAGAGUUUCGGGAAAAAUACCAAGCUUGGCCACAGCACCCCAUGUUCACUAGAAAACCUGAUGUGUAUGUGCCCCCCGUAGAGAAAAUGGACCUUCAGACAACUACUCAGACUCAUUACACGUACCCUAAGGGACAGCCAGCCAAGGUAUGUCGGCCCUUGGGCCAUGUUCCAAAAACCACUGCACCCUUUGACAGCUGCUCCACCAUGAAGGAUGAUUACAAGCCAUGGCAUGGUAAGAAAGCAAAACCCAUCAUACCUGCCCCAGAACUUACUUUGCCAGCAGAACCAAUGGAGAACCUGACCACCUUUCGGGCCCAUUAUGUGCCUCACCCCCCCACUUUCACUAAGAGCCUUAAGCCAGGUUGGUCAGCUGCACGGCCUAACAUGCCAUUCGAUGCAGAAACCACCUACACCACCAGCUACACACCGAAGGAACUUGUCAAAUGCCUUGCUGCCUACAAAGAACCCCCAGGCUAUGUGUUUCAAGAAAUCGAUGCUGUCGGUCACAAGUUCUACUGCCCUGUUUCGGAGGCUGAACGCCCAAUGAGUUUGAAGAGUAAAGAGCGAAGAAGCAGCUUUUCUGGGAACGGACUAUACCUACCUGGCCCAAAGGAACUACCAGUGACAGCCUGAUUUUUUUUUUUUAACCCUCUUUUAAACUGAUCAUUGAUUUUAUUCCUUUAAAGAGCUUAAAAUAGCUCCCAGGGCGUAGCUCCUGGUGGAACACCUGAAUAAUAAGAAUCCUAAUGUCUGGAGAAAGAACAUUUUAAUCACCUCAUUGUCGGUGUUUUUUCUAUCUCCCAAACUCUGUCUUUAGUUAAGCAAUGUCUAUGUUGUGGUGACAGAUUUCUUGUUCAUAAACAUAUCAGGCACUAAGUUUCCUCCAUGUUGAGUGUGGUACAGCAGCCUAGAUCAUAGGUAGACAGAUCCCUUACGUUACAAUAAAAACAGAGGUUAGUUUCGAGUGCAGGUAAACAGCACAAGCCCAAGGUCCAUCCUUAUUUAUUGAGUCCAUAAAAGUCAAGAAAAAAAAGUUGUUUAAAAUUAGAUGUUUUUCAGGACUGUGUCUCCCUUAAUAAUCACAGAAUUAUAGGGCUGGAAGGGAUCUCGCAACAUCUAGCCCCCUGUGCGGAGGCAGGACCAAAUAAACACAACCUCUGCCUUUGAAGUCUA